AUGGUCUGCAACAAUGCUUAGUGGGGUUCGAUCAAAACAUCCCUCCAGCACGUUCUUAGUCCCAUGCAGGGGGAGAGCCCAUAAACAUAUUGGAUCUUCUCUUUGUUAUUGCUCAGAAAGCCCUGAAGCCAAACGCCACAGACAGACGACACAAGCACUGGCAGUUGUGAAGAUUCACUAUCCCGACCUGUCAAUGUUUUUAAUGUCCCUGCCAAGGAUCUGAUUUGUGGAGGCAUUGGUAAGGGCUCCUGCCUCCUAGCAUCAAAGUGAUUGACGAGGUACCAACUUUUGUGCUCUUGAUUCACCUGAAGGGGAGAUACAAAGGGUGACUUCUAACUCCGGACAUGCAGUUUGCGAGGUGGAAUUUGGACUCGACAGCACAUCUCAGUCAGUUCCAAAAACAUUCAACAAAUGACUGAACUGUUAACAACAGUGACAAUGGUUCCCAAAGGAGAGAACGUAACGUCCCCUGUGUCAGAGAGCUGUCCCAACUGCAGCUUCUCCUCCUUCCAUCAGGUCAACCUCACUAAGGCAGUGACCCUAGGACUGGUGCUUGGAGUGUUUGUUGUGUUCGGGGUUUUGGGUAACAUCCUGGUCAUCCUGUCUGUGGUGUGCCAACGUCACCUGCGCUCUGUCACACACUACUUCAUCGCCAAUUUGGCGGUGGCCGACCUGCUCCUGAGUUUUGCCGUGCUCCCCUUCUCGGCCACCUCUGAGAUCCUGGGCCGCUGGGUGUUCGGCCGGCCUUUCUGCAGUGCCUGGGCCGCCCUGGAUGUUCUCUGCUGCACGGCGUCCAUCCUUAGCUUGUGUGUCAUCUCAGUGGACCGCUGCCUGGCCGUCAGUUACCCGCUGCGUUACCCGGCCAUGGCCACCGGGCGCCGCGGCCUGGUCGCCGUGGCGGCUCUCUGGGGUGCCUCGGCGGCCAUAUCCGUGGGUCCGCUCUUUGGCUGGAAGGAGCCUGAGCCGGAGGACGAGACAGAGUGUCGGAUCACAGAGGAGCCGGGUUAUGCUGUUUUCUCAGCUCUGGGGUCUUUCUAUGUGCCACUGGCCAUCAUCCUGGCCAUGUACUGUAGGGUGUAUGUGGUGGCCAAGCGGAAGACCCGGGAUCUAAGGGAAGGCACGACGAGGGAGAAGCGGGUGGAUUCGGAGGGUGAGGAAGUGACACUGAGAAUCCAUAGAGGAAAUCCCCCUGUUGUGCAAGAGGGGCAGAAGAAGGAAGGAGCGGAUGGCACCAUCAAACGAAGAUGCACCACUUUCACUCUUAUGCGCCUCCUGAAGUUCUCCCAGGAAAAAAAGGCGGCGAAGACUCUGGGUAUCGUGGUUGGCUGCUUCAUUCUCUGCUGGCUUCCCUUCUUCCUGGUUAUGCCCAUUGGCUCCAUAUUUCCUUCGUACAGGCCAUCUGACACCAUCUUUAAAAUCACCUUCUGGCUGGGUUACUUAAAUAGCUGUAUCAACCCCAUUAUCUAUCCGUGCUUCAGCCAGGAGUUCAAAAGGGCCUUCCUCAAUGUUCUGCACGGACACUGUCUCAAACAGGGUGGCAGGAGCUCCAAGUUACUGGGCUUUGGACUUUCUGUCAGUCCCAGUACUGGUCCAUCGUGCUUUAUUAGAUCUCAUCCUCCCACCUUGUCCUCCAGCUCCUCCACUCCCUCCACCAAGCCACGCCAAGCCUCCUCCCCAGCCUCCCCUUCCUCAAGCUGCUGGAGGACCUUCUCUAAUUCCUCUUCCUCAGUUGGUGUGCCAGGAUAUCCUCAAAAUACCAGAGUCCAAAGUAAAAGCCUGCUGAAAGCGUGUUGUUUUGCAGCAGUAGAAAGCCAGGCACCAUUAGGUGCUCCUUGCCUAAGUCCCUCUGUCCCAAAUGCUGCUACAUGUCAAGCCAAAGUCCAUUGUCUCUCCUUAGGAGAAAAGGGGGAGGCAGUGUGAUUGUGAACACUAAAGGCUUCUUGGAAAUAAAAUGAAAAUCCACAGUUUAUGGGGGGGGAGGAGUCUAUCUAGAUCUAUCUAGACCUGCUAAAGUCAGUCAGUUUGUCUAGAUAAUGUUAGAUAGAUUUAUUUUUCAUUUUGCUAGUAAUGGGGGAACAAUGCUUUCAGAGAGAAGCAAAAAGAUAACACAUCUUUGUGGUACAGAUGUAUUGUACUUCAGUAGGUAGUGGAAGAUGCAUUUCUCACAGAGAACCAAGAAGAUAACACUUCUGGAGUUAGAGAUGUACUAUAUUGUAUAAUGUAUGUUAUGAUGCACUGUAUAGAUUGAGCUAAGAACAUUUUAUACAGAGAAUUGGUUCAGUACAGAGACUGAAUUCAUUUGUUGUGCACUACCAAAUCACUGAUGAUGAUACCUUGAAGAAGAGGUAUACAGGUUCAACAUUUCAAGUGACAAUAUUUAAAUUGAAAGCAUUUACUUCCUCCAUUGUUCUGUGUUAUAGACUUCAUUUAUAAUUGAUUAUACACAUAUAUAUACAUAUUAUAUAUAU